AUGGGGAAGGCCGAUGUCAGCUGCCAGACGUACGAGGGAGGCUUUGGUGGCUUGCCAGGAAUGGAGGCGCAUGGGGGAUACUCGUUCUGCGCUCUGGCCGCACUGAUUCUCCUCAACAAGGAAAAGCUGUGCGACGUAGAUGCAUUGCUGCGGUGGACCACCAACAAACAGAUGCGAUUCGAGGGCGGCUUCCAGGGCCGCACCAACAAGCUCGUCGACGGCUGCUACACGUUCUGGCAGGGCGCGAUCGUGCCGCUCAUACACGGCACGCUGUUCAAUGAGAACGAUGCGAGUCUGAGCGAGGAGAAGUGGAUGUUCCACCAGGGGGCUCUUCAAGAAUAUGUUCUCAUCUGUUGCCAGUGUCCUUAUGGUGGUCUCGUGGAUAAACCUGGAAAGACACGAGACUUCUACCACACAUGCUAUUGCCUGAGUGGGCUUUCCGUGGCACAGCACUACACAAGCCACAACUACAACUCGCGACACGUGGUUGGCAAUCGGAUCAACGAGCUGAAAAGAGUGCAUCCCGUCUACAACAUCUGUGUCGACGAGGUUGCCAGCGCUAUCGAGUACUACCGAAGCCUACCGGUUCCUCUGUGCGGCAGUGAGAAAGAGGGCGCUGAUGCUACGUCGUGA